CUGGGGCUGCAGCUGGCUGCCUCUGCAUCAUGACGCCCUGGCUGCUCCUGCUGCUGCUCCCGCUGCUGCUCAGUGGCCCCCCCGCCGUGGGGGCUGCUCCCCCAACAUGCUAUUCCAGGAUGCUGAGCCUCAGCCAGGAGAUCACCGGUGACUUCCAGAGCCUGCAGGCCACAGAGCCCUUGGAGCCGUGUGUGAAAUACCUGCCCAGGCUGUACCUGGACAUACACAAUUACUGUGUGCUGGCCAAGCUGCGGGACUUCGUGGCAUGGCCCCAGUGUUGGAAGGUGGCCCAGGUGGACGCCUUGAAGGACAAAGUGCGGAAACUGUACACCAUCAUGAACUCAUUCUGCAGGAGGGAUCUGGUGUUCCUGUCAGAUGAUUGCAAUGCCUUGGAAUACCCAAUCCCAGCGACCACGAUCCUGCCAGAUCGUCAAGGCUGAGGGAGCCGGACCAGGGAGAAGCCAUGGGGACUGAAUUAUGUCAACUGCCCAGACACAAUGGGCUAAAGCCAUGGUCCCCUCAGGUCUCCCUAUUACUGUAGUAUCUGAAAUGGUCACGUGUCUGUCCACCAUCUGGAAAGCAGGGACUGUGCUCUAUCCCCAGAACUUACUUUGAACAUAGUUAGAAGCCUUGUCUUUAUUCCCCUUGGCUCGUCUUGCCAGGAAGGUUAGAUACAUAAGCAUGUUUAUUUGAUCACGAGGAAGAAAAGAGCAAACAAGCUUCUCUUUGAUGAACAAUUAGCUUGAAAACAAGCAAAAUAGCAUGUCUAUAGUACUGCUUUAAUGGAGUAGUGGUACCAUUUUCCUUUCCUGAUAGGAACCUGCUUACAUUUAACCAAACUUCUAUUCCAUACCCUCUCCCAUCACAAACAUUCCUUAGACUUACCUUUCAUUUUUAAAGAAA